AUGUCAUUCAAGGGAGUUAAGAAGACUCUUGUUAGAGCACCACAAACUUUCCGUCAAAAGAUGAAUAUGGGUGAUAUAACAAUGGAUGCUGUUUAUCAAGAUGCUGAACGUAGAUUUAAAGAAAUUGAAAUUGAAACUAAGAAAUUAAGUGAUGAAUCAAAGAAAUAUUUUAAUGCUGUUAAUGGAAUGUUAGAUUAUCAAAUUGAUUUCUCUAAAGCCUUUGAAGAAAUUUAUAAACCAAUUAGUGGUAGAUUAUCUGAUCCUACUAGUACUGUACCUGAAGAUAAUCCAGAAGGAAUUCAAGCUGCUGAACAAUAUCGUGAAGUUGUUAAAGAAUUAAAAGAAACUUUAAAACCUGAUUUAGAAUUAAUAGAAAAGAGAAUUGUUGAACCAGCUCAAGAAUUAUUAAAAAUUAUUGCUUCAAUUAGAAAAAUGUCAGUUAAAAGAGAUCAUAAACAAUUAGAUUUAGAUCGUUAUCGAAGAAAUCAUAAAAAAUAUGAAGAUAAAAAGGAAAGAACUGCAAAAGAUGAAGAAAAGAUGUAUACUGCUGAAGCUGAAGUUCAAAUUGCUCAACAAGAAUAUGAUUAUUAUAAUGAUAUGUUAAAAAAUGAAUUACCAAUCUUAUUUCAAAUGCAAACUGAUUUUAUUAGACCCCUUUUUGUCAGUUUAUAUUAUAUGCAAUUGAAUAUCUUUUAUACUUUAUAUACUAGGAUGGAAGAAUUAAAAAUUCCUUAUUUUGAUUUAACUACAGAUAUUGUGGAAGCUUAUAAUUUUAAAAAGGGAAAUAUUGAAGAACAAACUGAUGCAAUUAGUAUUACCCAUUUUAAAAUUGGUCAUGCUAAAUCGAAAUUAGAAGCUACAAAGAGACGUCAUGCAAUGAUGAAUAGUCCUCCAGGUAGUCCAACCGUAGGUGGUGUCCCAGGUGCUCCAGGUGCUCCAGGCCAACAAUUACCAGCAUACACCCCAGGUCAAUAUGGUCAAACUUAUGGGGCUGAUGUAAAGAACCCUCAAGGUCCAGGUUAUCAAGCUCCUGUUUAUGGAGGAUAUCAAUCACCUUCAACUGCUACUACAACUAGUUCUUUUUCACCUGUUCCGGGUUCCGCCACACCUGGUGCGGCUCCUCCUGGUUAUGGUGCAGUAGCUGGAAUGCCUGCCACCCCUAUCAGUGCUCCUCCAAGUGCUGUCCCUGCUGCUUCUUCGGCAGUGCAAACAUGUACUGCUUUGUAUGACUAUACUGCACAAGCACAAGGAGAUUUGACAUUCCCGGCAGGUGCAUUAAUUGAAGUAGUGGAGAGAACUCAAGAUGCUAAUGGAUGGUGGACCGGAAGAUAUAAUGGUCAAACUGGGGCAUUCCCAGGAAAUUAUGUUCAGCUUAAUUGA